CGCCGGAGAGGCGCCAUAUUGAAGACGUAAGAAACCGGUUCAGCCUGGACCUCAGGUGUCGGGCUUUUGUUUAGUUCACUCAUCAGUUUUCUACGUGGCUUCAGGGGCAAGUCGCGGGAACACUGGGCCUGUUUAACCGGAGCAAUUUGAACUGGAAGGGAGUCUGCAGAAAAUUAUUUAAGAAACGCUAAUUUCCACGACGCCCCCCGCACACCUCCCGCUUCGUUCUGAGAUGAGCGCCGCGUUCGCGAACUGCCGCUCGGUGCUGGUGACCGGAGCCAGCCGCGGCCUCGGUCUGCAGCUCGUGCGCAGCCUCGCGGCCGGAAGCGCCUCCCCGUGCGCGGUGAUCGCGGCCGUACGGGACCCUGCCGGCGCCAAGGAAUUACAGAGUUUGGCAGAAAAACAUUCAAAUAUUCACAUUCUGAAGCUCGAUGUGGUGGACCAGGACAGCAUUGAUGGAGCUGCCAAGGAGGUGGAGGCACUCCUCGAAGAGGAAGGCCUCGCCUGUCUCAUCAACAACGCCGGGAUCAAUGUGGACGCCAACCUGGAUACAGUCACUGCUGAGAAGAUGAUGCGGAAUUUCCAGACCAACACUGUGGCCCCUCUGAUGGUUACCAAGGCCUUUCUGCCUCUGCUGAAGCGGGCAGCAACAAGGGGCACUGGGAUGGGCAUCCACAGGGCAGCAGUCAUCAACAUGACCUCGCUCCUGGGCUCCAUUGAGCUCUACUGGGGUGACCGCAGAAGCACCUUCAAAUGGUAUCCCUACAGGACCUCCAAGUCUGCGUUGAACAUGGUGACCCGGUGCUUGGCGGUGGACCUGGAAGCAGACGGGAUCCUCUGUGUGGCUGUGCACCCUGGCUGGGUGCGCACUGACAUGGGGGGACCCGAGGCCCCCCUGAGUCCCGAGGAGAGCAUCUCAUCUCUGCUGAACGUGAUUGGUGGGCUUAACGAAAAGAAUCAUGGGGGAUUUCUGCACUACACCGGGGAGCCCCUUCCCUGGUGAUCUGGAUUUAAGGCCCAUGUAUAGAUUUAGUUAAUGUAGUAUAUAUUUUUUAGUUUGCCAUUAUUGUACUGUUCUGAGAUUUAUAGAGAUCCAUUUGAAAUUUAAUUUCGGUGACAAUUUGUCUCAUGUAACUUAAGAAAUGACAUUUCUGGCUGUUCAUCCCUUUCUUAGUCUCAGUCCAGAACAGUGGAGUCUCACAGCAAAGGGUUUUAAAAUCCAUCUUUAAUUAUGCAACUUCAGUUAAACUUCAUGGGAUUAAAAACAGAGAGGUGACUUGUAUGACUAAUAAUAGGAAUUAAAAAAGACAUUUUGUAUGGUUGACCAGUUUGUUGCCUGUUAACAUUUCUGCAUGACAUGCUCCUUUUGAUUAGUUGACUUUUCCUGCUUCCAAUGACAAGAACAGAGAGGAAUUAUAUAAGUACAGGUGAUAUAUUUGAAAUAUAGUUCCAGCACUUGGAAUGGCAUGUUCUCUGGGUGUUUCUUUCAGAGGUGAGACGCUCAGAUCUCUGCUGUGAGUUGAGGAAAAGUUGAACUGCAUGAUGAAAGAGGGGAAGGGACACUGGGUGGUCACUUUAUCAAAAGAGCAGGAACUUCAUGCUGAGGUGAGCAGGGGGAUUGGGAGUCAGGACAAGAGAAAAGAGAAAGGGGUUUAUUAUAGACUUGAUAAUAGGAAGUUGUCAUCAGUGAUCUGAUCAAACUUCACCCUGUAGCUAAUGCAAAAUAAAGAGCCUAAUACAAUAUACACUUUAGUAUAACAUGCUGCUCCUGACUAUAAUUUAGGUGUGUGUAUCACACUUGUCUUCUAAGUAAACAAAUCAGACACCAGAAGCUGUAAAAGGGAAUAAAGUAAUCGCGUGUGAUGAAGAUUUUAGAACCAAAUGUGUGAACCAUCAACACAUUUUAUCAGCCCGAAUACUGCCCUGUGACUAUGAAAUAAUUGCCUGGAUUUGAUUGAUUGGGUCCUAAUUACAUGCAAACUUUACUUAAUCAGAGUAUUUGAUUGUGCAGAUGGGCUCAUUACCGCCAGGAUAUGGGACAGGGUGAGAUAGCAAAUGCUAAUUAUACAUAGACUGGUAAAUACAAAAAGUAAUCCUCACAGAUGAAAAAAAGUUUUCAGUGGUGGGCUAGAAUUAAAUUUUCUGUAGUUCUGAUGAACGAAAUGGAAAGUAAGGGUUGCAAUUUCAUGAGGUUUUAACUGGAGUACAGCCAAAGCACACAUGAAAAAAAUUUUAGCAUGGACCCAUAAAGGGAUGCUCAUUUGUUGUUACACCAAUGAUAUCACUAUGAUGAGAACUGAAGGUUAAUCAAAUUACUUAUUUAUAAUCUUAUAAGUUGC